AUGGAGCAGUACACAAUUUUGGGAAAUAUUGGGGAAGGAGCACAUGGGAUAGUUUUCAAAGCAAAAUUCAAACAGAGUGGUGAAACAGUUGCUUUGAAGAAAGUUCGUCUAAAGAAGCCUGAAGAUGGAAUUCCAAGCACUGCCCUCAGGGAAAUCAAAGCCUUGCAACAGAUUGAAGAUAAUCCUUAUGUGGUGAGACUUUUAGAUGUAUUCCCUCAUGGGGCUGGUUUUGUGCUUGUUUUUGAUUACAUGCUGUCAGAUCUUUGGGAAGUAGUGCACAAUUCAGAGCAGCCACUUACAGAAGCACAGAUUAAAUCUUACAUGCUCAUGUUACUCAAGGGAGUUGCCUUUUGCCAUGAAAACAAUAUUAUGCAUAGGGACCUGAAACCUGCUAAUCUUUUGAUCAGUUCAAGUGGACACUUGAAAAUUGCAGAUUUUGGUCUGGCCAGAGUGUAUCAAAAUGUUGGUGAUCGGCAGUAUAGCCACCAAGUAGCCACAAGAUGGUAUCGAGCUCCAGAACUUCUGUAUGGUGCAAAGAAAUAUGAUGAAGGAGUUGAUAUUUGGGCUGUUGGUUGUAUUUUUGGUGAACUCUUGAACAAUUCUCCUCUUUUCCCUGGUGAAAAUGAUAUUGAACAAUUGUGCUGUGUGUUGCAUGCUCUUGGUACUCCAACAGAGAAAUUAUGGCCAGGGAUGACUGAAUUACCAGAUUAUAAAAAGAUAACAUUUCCAGAGAAUCCUCCAAUUCCUUUUGAAGAACUUGUUCCAGAUGCUUCUUUUCAAGCACUUGACCUUCUGGAGAAGUUCCUGGUUUAUUCAUCCAAGGAAAGAAUUGCAGCAAAUGAGGCUUUGCUUCAUGUGUAUUUCUUCAGUAUGCCAUUACCAUCUCAUCACUCUGAUCUGCCUGUCCCCAAAAGAAGCAGACAGACCAGACGGCGACAGCAAGCUUAUGAUUACAAUCCUGACAUCCCACUUGAAAAGUCACUUUUUCUUCCAGAAGCUUUAACACCUCAUGUCACUUGA